AUGUGGGAUCAUGUCAUUCAAGCAGUGAUCGGUGGAGGGCAGAUUGCUGCGGGGGUGAUUCCCUACACGACAGUUUUGGGGAACGCACUCAAUAAGAAACAUAUUGGCUUGGCGCAAACCCCCAACCCUCACGUAACAGCGGCAACGAAGGAAUCGCAACGCCUCUCCACCACCUCGCUACUCUCAUUGCAGCCACAGCUCUAUCAGAACAACUGCGAUUAUCCCCCCCUCAAAGUCCUUCUACCGACAAUCGCCUGCACACGAAGGUCAUAUUGCGACAUCGAGCAUCCAUCUUGCCGAACCCUUGGGUGUCUCUCUAGUGGUUCUCACGAACUAAGCUUCGUGACACUCGUGACAAUGUCUAAAGCUAUGAAGCCUCCUCCAGGCCCAGGUCAUCGUGACAGCAACAGAGAUAUGUGGCGGCCCAAGACCGAAGAAUCUGAGAGAGGUAGAGAACGUCAAGACCGUUCUGUUUCAAGAGAGAGAAGACGUUCACCCCCACCGACUGCAUCAAGGAGGAGGCAUGGUGGAGAACGUGAAUCGUACAAAAGCCCCAUGAGGAGGGAGUUUGACAAGCCUCCUCAAUCAUCAUCACGGCGAGGAAGGAGUAGAAGCGUGGAAAGCCGACGUUCGACUCGUUAUGGAUCAAUGUCCUUUUCUCCAAGACGUUCUCCCCCAUCUGCUUCGAGGUCGUAUCGCAGACGUUCACCUCCGAGGACUCGACCUCCGCCAUUGCCUCCAACACGUCGGCCCUCACCACCACCUCUCUCCCCGGGAUAUCAAAGGCCAUCCUCUCGAAAACAAUCACCACCACCUCCAAACAUGGGCCCUAGAGGUGAUAGACGUCCUUUUCGUCGGCGCUCCCGCUCACGUUCACCACGUCGUGGCCCUAGUUCACCGCCACCCUUCAGGCGAGUGCGUUCACCCCAGCGUUCUCCACCACUGUUAUCGCCAAUGAACAAUGGUCGUUCUGCGACACCCCCAAUGCUCAACAGGUCUACUCGCGUGAAGCCUUCGCCACGGCCGGAGCGAUACCCUGAAGGUGACGAUCGAAAGACUAACGUAGACUUAAAUAUGACCGAUGUUUCCUCAGAUAAGCUUGAUACUCCACCACACCGAGUGGUUUCAAUACAAGAACAUGGCCCUAGUGUCAUUUCGGGACGUGAAAUAUUGGACAGUGAUUCCCGGAAAUCAAGCCCCCCUCAUGAGUCUCAUCAUCAAAAACAAGAUCAUAGUGAUACUGAUAGCAUGUCCCACCCACCACAAGCGGAAUCUAGUGCUGGACCAUACGUUAAUCCUGAUCGCCAGAGAAACAUAUUUUCUGGUGGUAGCAAUGAGUUUGGAGGUGGGAGGGGACGAGGACGGCCGCAGGAUAUGCAUCAUAAUCAAAUGCCACCCGCCCAUGAGAGCCAUGCACAGCAAAAGUAUCCUCGCCGUGGGUCUCAUGGCUCUACAUCUUUCCAUGAACAAUCUCAACACCACGGCCCAUCCCACCAACAAGGACCACCCCAUUUUCAGCCGGGAUACCGCGGACGUGGACGUGCUUACCGUGGCCGAUAUUCGCCGCCUUUUGAACAGCGGUCGUCCACAUAUGAUAGGCGCGGUUCUGAGCGUGGGCGUGGUGGUUAUCGUGGAAGGGACCAACACCCACCCUCGACGGAAAACAGCCGCCACUCGCAACCUUCAUCUCCUGGCAACGAUUCUCAUCCAUCAGCAGUUGAGAUUCGGGCCAAAGAGGAGCCCGAAGCGACCCACCAGAACCUUGAGAGUGACGAAAUUAUGAGAGAUGACCCUGGUCAUGAAAGUGAGAAGGAUCAAGGGAACACCGAUAUGGCACCGCCAACUGGCCCUGUCCCAAAGAGCCCUCCUCAGCCUCUAGAUACUCGUGCGUUUAAACGCAUUGGCGGCUCGAACGAUGUUCGCAAUGCCAUCAACCAAGAGGAGAAAACGAGUAAUGGGUUUAGGCCCUUCAGUAUCUCCCUCGGAAAAAGCAAGGUCGGCCCAAAAACUGCGAUGCUUCCGAAAGCUCUUGAGGCCACCCGAGAGAGCGCCCGUGAAACUACUCGGGAAAACCCUAGUGAGAAUGCUCGUGAGAAUAUCCGCGAGAAUGUUAGGGAGAGUGUGCGGGAAAAUAUUCGGGAGAACGUCCGCGAUAAUUUCCGGGAGAACAUCCGUGAAACAGGGCGCGAAAUCAGCCGUCAAAGCAAUCGUGAGAGUUUCCGCGACCAUUUCCGCGACAAUGGUCGACAUCCCGACCGACAUUCCGACCGGGAAAGCGGACGGGACGUUGGUCGUGGGCGAGACACUGGCCGCGAUAUUGGACGUGGUGGCCGUGAUGUCGGACGGGACAACGGUCGCUAUCUUGGCCGCGAUAUCGAUCGCAACGCUGGUCGUGAGACCGGGCGCGAAGCCUACAAUAAUAGUGGCCCGCCAACUUCUGGCUGUAAUAGCGCUCCGUUGGGGAAGAAUGCCGUAACGCUCAAGCUUGCAGCGAAGAGAGAAGCACCCGUCGUCAAUAACGGAUCUGAUAUCCCCAAGCGACAAGUUGAAGUGGUUAAAACCCCCGCUGUGGCCAAACCCAUAAUCAUUGCAAAAGAAACAUCUAUCUAUAAUAGGCUUAGUAUGGUUGGGGAGGGAACUUAUGGAAAGGUUUACAAAGCAUCAAAUAAUAUCACCAAGGAGUUAGUAGCUCUUAAACGGAUCAGAAUGGAGAGUGAAAAGGAUGGUUUCCCCAUUACUGCUGUCCGAGAGAUGAGGUUAUUGCAAGCACUCAAACAAGACAAUGUAAUAUGUCUAUUAGAGAUGAUGGUUGAGAAAAGUGAUUUCUACAUGGUUUUUGAGUACAUGGACCAUGAUCUUACUGGUAUUCUGAAUCACCCAACUUUCCGGCUAGAGCCUUGCCAUAUCAAGCACCUUGCAAAGCAAUUCUUCGAAGGCCUUGAAUAUCUUCACCAUCGCGGUGUCCUUCAUCGGGACAUAAAGGGCUCCAAUAUCCUAUUGAAUAACGAUGGGCAAUUAAAGAUUGCCGACUUUGGUCUUGCGAGGUUCUACACUAAGGCAAGUAAGAAGCAAUUAGAUUAUACCAACCGAAUUAUCACACUUUGGUAUCGCCCACCAGAGAUUCUUCUAGGCGCUACAGCCUAUGGUCCGGCCGUUGAUAUCUGGAGCGCUGGCUGCGUAUUUAUCGAACUCUUCACACGUCUGCCUGUUUUCACUGGCAAAAAUGAGAUCGAUCAAUUAGAUAUUAUUUACAACGUUAUGGGGACACCUUCAGAAAGGAUUUGGGCAGGAUUGAAGGAGACUCCCUGGUACGGACUGUUGAAAACGCCUGCAAGAAGGAGACCGAAAUUCAGAGCAAAAUACGAACCGCUUCUGCCAGAGUCUGCGCUAGAGCUUGUGACGCAGAUGCUUGAGUAUGAUCCUGAUAAAAGACCCACUGCCGAGGAUUGCCUAAAGCAUCGAUAUUUCUCAGAGGAGCCUGCUCCUGCUCCUCCACUAGGGCUCCGCGAUCUGAAAGGGGAUUGGCACGAGUACGAAUCAAAAAUUGAGCGUCGUAAAGAGCGUGAAAUUAAUGACAAGAAAAAGCGAGCUCAGCAUGAAUUGGAGAAGAAGAAAUGGAGGGAAACCCGCGAGGCAGAGAAGAGAAAACUUGCACAACAGGAAUACGAUCCUGAGAGACCACCAAUUAGCGAUUCCACUCCAACAAAUUCCUCUGUCCCAGUUAAACGGAAGCGCGACUCUUUGGAUGCGGAUGAUCUCGCAUCCGGAACCAGCUCUGCUUCCAAGAAACGGGCAGAGUGA